ACUUCCCUAGCAAUGGCAGCCAUUAUUAGGGCCGCGGUGUAAAGUAGGUGUCCAUGCAUGUUUUGUAGGUAUUUCGGGUCCAGUAUGUAAUCUAAGAAUAUUCUGACAUCGUGGUAAAAAUUUGGUUGUUAUUGGAACUAACUCUAUGGUCGUUGGUCGCUGGUGACAAAACGUGCUGGUAGUAAUAUUUCAUCUAAAAUGGCUAUGGCGGCUACUUUGUUACGCCGUACGUUGAUAAAUGGGACAUUAUACUCUGCGGUUGCUCUUCGAUUUGCAUCUUGUCAGCCAGAAAAGAAGGUAUUCUUCGAUGUUACUGCAGAUGGAGAACCUCUAGGACGCAUAGUUAUAAAACUGGAGACUGAUAUGGUUCCUAAAACAGCGGAGAACUUUAGGGCCUUGUGUACUGGUGAGAAAGGUUUUGGAUACAAGGGUUCUUCUUUCCAUAGGAUCAUUCCCAAUUUUAUGUGCCAAGGAGGUGAUUUUACCAACCACAAUGGCACAGGUGGAAAAUCUAUUUAUGGCCGUGUUUUUCAAGAUGAAAACUUCAAACUGAAGCACACUGGCCCAGGAAUCUUAUCAAUGGCUAAUGCUGGCCCUAAUACUAAUGGAUCUCAAUUCUUUAUAACUACUGUACCAACUCCCUGGCUUGAUAGGAAACAUGUGGUAUUUGGUGCAGUGGUAGAGGGUAUGGAUGUUGUAUCUAAAAUGGAAAGUUUUGGAUCUGCAAGUGGAAAACCUACCAAAAAGGUUACCAUUACUGAAUGUGGUGACUUUCAUGAAGAGAUUAGUGUUAAAAAAGCUGCCCAGUGACAAUGAGUAAUUUCAGUUUUUUCUGUUGGUGACAAUAAAAGAACUACUAAAAUAAGUAUGCAAUUUUAUUAAUCACUAAAUGCAACAAAUUAGGAGUUGCUAUUAUCAAACUUGUCUGGGUGAUUGACAUAACAACUUAUUCAAAUACAUCUAAGUCAGUAUCAAUAUCAAGUCUUAAAUCUAUUGUAGUAAUAAGGCAUUUUUCAUUAAAACACUCUCUUUCAUAUCAAACUAUUAACCUCUCUUAACAAUAUGUGACAAAAAUUUACACAGACAACAUUCCUGUCUUUUCUCAUCUGAGAUAAAAUAUAUUGCUUUAAAAUACAUGUUAAUUUUGUAACUAACAUAUUAAUGGACAGUGAACAUCACUCUAUAGAAGUAAUAUUAUUACUUCUAUUGUCCAUCAGAGUUAAAUAAUAUAGUUAGUAAUUGAAUUCCUUAUACCAGCAGCCCAAGAAUUGACAUUUUUAACAUCUCAAAAAAGCAUUUAAUUAAACAAGUCUUUUUGACAUCAAUUUUAUAUGCUUAAGUUUGUAGGUUUGAUUAGAGUAAAUAUCAACCAAGGCAGGUUUUAAUGAGUUAGGAAAAACUGAUUUUAGUUGUUCAAAUGUACAAUUAUAAAAGUUUAAGAUGCAAAAAACACAAUUUGUAAAUUUAUGGACCAUUGUAUGUAAAGAAUUUUAAUUGCACUAGUAGACGACUGACAACAUACUUCCAUAAAAUAGGAUCACAAUACGUAAUAAAAUUACUACAAAUAAAUAUUUACAAAAUUCAAAGAUGCAUUAAAAGUAAUUUUAAUAUUGUUAUUAAUUCACAUUUGGUUGCAAAUUCAUUCCUUCCCUUCUUUCGAGAUCAUGGAUUUUGUUUACCAUUCAAGGUGUUUGGAACUAUUCCCAGUUACAAAUAGCAGUUCUGAUUGUUUGUGCUCAGGUUUAAUAUUUUAUUCUAUCAGGAUAGUAAGAGGGAUGUCACCAGUAACACUUUUUUGCUAUGAAAAAAUUAUAGGCAAGCAUUUAAUGAGCACCAUUUCAGAAAUAAAUAAAAGCUUUGUGCUGAUAGAAAAGUCAGUGCACUUUCAUAUUGCGGUUAAUUUUUCCUCAUUACUUUAAUUUUCUCUAUUAUUCACUGAUUUGACUCAUACUAUUAACAUUUGUGAUUUUAAACAGCCAGCGAAUUUUGACUAAUGGUAGAAUAUACACACAAAUAAUUAAUACAAAUAAAACUGACCCCUUUUACAUAGCAACAUUAAUUAUUAAAAUGUACAAAAACAUAUUAAUAGAAUUUAAUAUAAUGUACUUGAAUCUUAAGUACAACAAAAAGUAGUUUUCUCGUAAGGUAUGCAUCUUGAUAUUAGAAAAUAAGUUUACAUUAUAAUUUAACUAAUUACAUUUUACAAUAUUAAAACCUAAAUUGGGAGUGAUGCGAGUAUUCAUUUUUAUUACUUUUAAUGUUAAAACAACAGUCAGUUAUCACACUACAUAAUUUAUGAAACAUUACAAUCCUACUUGUAGCUUCAUAAGUCAUUCAUUUCUAGAAAACUAGUUAGCUGCAGAAGCAAGAUUUUUUUUUAUUCCAGAAAGCAAUUGAAACUACAUAUAAGAUAUGAUUUGAAAUCACUCAUAAUUCUUUACUAUUUGAUAAAUUUAGAAUAAGUGUAGUUCAUUUUCAACUUACUCAUGUUAACGUUAUCACUCAGUUGUGCACAAUAGUUGUCAGUAAAUGUUCACACUCUGUUUUCCACCUGACCGAGAUUCAGUUCCGGCACUAUAUAUAAUAUUCAUAUUAGCUAUUGUUCUUUUUACACACAUGGAUCCAGCCGAGACGAUGCCAGAUGAUCCACACUUCGACCCUUCUGCAUCUGUAAACUAAGCUCGUGCGGUUCCAUUGUGAUGUGAUGUGAAGAGGUCCGCUUGUGCUUCGUCUCCGGCAUCUUCGAGUCUUUGGAGCUGGUCCGGCGGUGGCGCAGUACCCCGCCGGAUUCGAUGAGACGCUUGCUCUCCUCGUCGGCGCAGCGCGCCAGCGGCAGAGGCAGCGCGCUGAGGUCCAGACUCUCCAUGCUCUUCAGCGCCAACUGCUUUAGCUGGUCCAGGCUGAGGUCGCGCGAGUCCGAGCGUGAGUGCACCUUAAAGUCGCGCGAGCCGGAGCGCGAGUGGGCGGGCAGGUCGCGCGACGCGGAGCGCGGGAAGUCGCGGCGCGAGUCGCGCGAGUCCCGUGAGUCGCGCGAGUCGCGCGAGUCGCUGCGCACGGCGCGGUUGCGCUCGGGCUCGUCCAGCGAGUGCUGGCGCGCGCGCGGCUCCAGUUGAAUCGUUUUCGAGUCAUUGCGCAAGUGUCGGGAGGCUACGAGGACGCGGGAGUUCUUCCCGCUGGGACCUCGUGUCUGCGAGUCCUCUGAAUAUUGUGAUUCGGUACGUUGCAGUUUGGGUCGGUAAGGGUCGUGAGCGUCGCCGCCUCCCGUCGGGGGCUCCAUAGGCGUUGUGGUCGCCGAGCUUACACCUGACAUGACACCAGACCGAAAACCACUCGCGUUUUCUGCAGAUGGAAGUUCUUCGAAAACUGUAAUAGGAACAAUAAAUAUUAAAGUACCUAUUAUAAAUAUUAGUAUAUAAUCGCAAAAUGUGUUAGUAAUCUCAUAACCCAAUAAUGCUUGAACCAAUUGGUAUUAGCAAUUGUUUUGUUGUGGUGUUACUGGCAGCAAGUCGAUACUAUUUAAUACUUAAUAUUAUGAAGAGGUAAAAUUUGUAUGUUUGUAUGUUUGUAAGUUUGCAUGUAGGGGGUAAUCUUUGGAAACACUGGUCGGAUUUUCAAAAUCCUGUCACUGAUAGAUAGCUACAAUAUUCCUGAGUGCUAAAGGCUAUAAAAACAUCACGCUUCGAUUAAAUGGAGCCGAGCGAGUAAAACCGCGCGAGAUUAGCUAGUACUUUAAUAAAACUUCUUUGUAAUGAACAUAGUGAGUAACAAAUUGAAUUUUUUCAUACGUUUGUCGAGACUGAUGAUGGAGCCGGCGAUGUCUUUGUGGGGAUCAAGUGGAGCAGCUGCUUCUAAGUGUCGCCGACGUCGCACGAGCCACCAAUCUGCCAUGAAUAUACCCAGCGCCACAAUUUUUAUACCACCGCACAGUCCAACGUAUCUGUAU